AUGGCGUUGCGCUCGCAGCAACUACAGCAGCUGACGUCAUCCAGUCAUUUCCCAGCCGUGUUGUCAGCACUGCUCCCGCGUAUCUUAUCCCGCUCCCUCUCCUCCCCCUACCAUGACAUCCACUCCCCCACUCCCACUGCUUCGUCCUCCUCUCCUCGUCUCGCUUCCACCAUCACGCCAUCCACUCCGGCAGCAUCGUAUCCCUGCUCCUUUCCCUUGCCGCCCAGCCCCUCAUCCUCCUCCCAUCCGCCUCCCUCGCUCACUCAACACCAGUCCUCUCACCUUAUCAACCCCGGGCGAAGCUUCCUCUGCCGAUACUCAUCCAGCCUCCCACAGAGCACUGCGUGUAGCAGAACGCUCCUCCAUCCAUUCUCCCUCCAUCGAUCACUCGCCAACCACUCAGACACCACAGUCUAUGGCAGAGCACCAUCCCUUCACCGAACUUUCUCCAACCUUCCAGACAGCACGGUGUAUGGUGGGCCGAAACCGGAGGCGGGGCGGCAGCGGGUGACGCUGCAGCAGGUGUAUGGCGGAGCACCCUCCCUUCACCGAUCUUUCUCCAACCUUCCAGACAGCACGGUGUAUGGUGGGCCAAAGCCCGAGGCGGGGCGGCAGCGGGUGACGCUGCAGCAGGUGGGGAGCAAGUACCGGCGGGGCGAGCCGAUCGUCAUGGUCACGGCCUAUGACUACCCCUCCGCUGUGCAUGUGGACAUGGCGGACAUAGACAUCUGCCUGGUGGGCGACUCAGCAGCCAUGGUGGUGCAUGGAUAUGACACCACUCUGCCAAUUACACUCGAGGACAUGCUGCUGCACUGCAGGGCCGUGGCACGGGGAGCCUCUCGGCCGUUGCUGGUGGGCGACCUUCCCUUCGGCACAUACGAGCAGAGCCCGCAGCAGGCGGUCAACAGUGCAGUGAGACUGCUAAAAGAAGGCAACAUGGACGCGGUUAAGAUAGAGGGGGGCAUACCAGCGCGUGUGGCGGCUGCGCGGGCGGUAUCUGAGGCGGGUAUAGCUGUGAUGGGCCACGUGGGGCUCACUCCACAGGCCAUCAGCUCCCUGGGAGGCUUCCGCCCCCAGGGAAGAUCCGCUGCCAGUGCUCUCAAGGUCGUGCAACAUGCACAGGCCCUGCAAGAAGCUGGGUGCUUCGCGGUGGUUCUUGAGUGCAUGCCAGCAGUGGUGGCAGCAGCAGUCACAGCUGCUGUCGACAUUCCCACUAUCGGCAUCGGUGCUGGCCCUCUUUGCAGCGGACAGGUGAGGAUGGGGUAG